AAUAACUUUUUAGUUACUUGUGCAAUUUCCACCAUUGACCUCUCAAAUGAAAGGAGUUUUCAAACUUCACAACAUUGUAGAAAACAAUAUCUUCCAAUUCAUUGUGAUUUUUUGAGAAAAUCAACAAAGAAAGAGCUGAGCUCCACUAGAACGGGACAGAGAAACCUUGAUCUGCUGUUCAAGUAAAAAUUGUAUCAUUUGGCGUAAACAAAAUUGGAGAUUAUUCUACAAUAAACAUGAGUGAUGUACCGAGCAAGUCAACGAAAACGCAAGAUUUAAGCGACUACCAGCGGCAUCGCAUUGAAGAAAAUCGUCAGAAAGCAAUCAGCCUACGGCAGGCUCGUCUUUUGACCCAUCCGUACAAUGCCGACAAGAAGCAGGAAACGGCAGUCUCGGUAAACAACGUUAUAAAGGUGUCAGGCACGAAGUACGUCGACAGUGGCGGUGGAUUUCUGAUCGAACAGAGAACCCAUCCGACCGAGGAGGUGCCAGAAGAAGAACCGACGCCGGAAUCUGAUGCAGUUCCAGUUCCCAUCGAGUACGAGGAAUGCCUUGAAUGUGGUGACCGGUUUGCCGACUCGUAUUUGCUGAACACGUUCGAGUAUGCUGUAUGCGAUGCAUGCCGGGACCCGGAUGGACAGCAUUCGCUCAUCACGCGCACCGAAGCAAAACAGGAGUACCUGCUGAAGGACUGCGAUUUGGACCGCAGGGAGCCAGCGUUGAAAUACAUUAGCCGCAAGAACCCCCACAACGUGCGCUGGGGAGAAAUGAAGCUGUACCUUCACCUGCAGAUCGAAAAACGUGCCCUCGAAGUGUGGGGCUCCGAGGAGAACCUAAUGCGUGAGAAGGAACAGCGCGAGGAAAAGCGUGAAGUGGCGAAGGUAAAAAAGUACAACAAACGCUUGAAGGUACUUCGGAUGGACGUGCGAAGCAGUCUGUACGACAAAACGGUCCAAGCACAUGUGCAUUCAUAUGGCGAGUCGGAGGUCUACAAUGAGGCUGAUGAUACGUACACGAGAACCUGCGAAGAAUGUGGUCACACAGAAACUUAUGAGAAAAUGUAACACUCUAAGAGCAUCCUGCACGUUUACAAAUUCUACCCAUAAGUGUCCAAUUGUUUUUAAUGUAUUUCUCGUGUCUCUUCUAUACAUUUUGCAAUUAUCAUAAAACAGAUAAUUAAAGCACCGUUCAAAAUAA